CUGUUUAUAAUCUAACUAAUUCUCAACGUAACGUGAACUCCAAAUACUCGCCCCUUUUUCCAAUACAAGUCAAUUCAAUUUCAUAUGUUUACAUUUAGAUCAAUUAGUAAUUUUGUUUUUACUCGCACAAUCAUUUUUGUUUUAUUUGUUAAAUAUUUUUGAAAAAAUAUGGCUUCAAUUUCUUCAAGUCCUCGGACAGUAGAAGAGAUCUUCAAAGAUUAUAACGCUCGUCGCACUGGCAUAAUUCGUGCUUUAACUAAUGAUGUGGAAGAAUUUUCUAAUCUUUGUGAUCCAGAGAAGGAAAAUUUGUGUCUGUAUGGACAUCCGGAUGAAACCUGGGAAGUCAACCUUCCAGCUGAUGAAGUUCCCCCUGAACUCCCAGAGCCAGCACUUGGGAUAAAUUUUGCAAGGGAUGGGAUGAAUCGUAGAGAUUGGCUUUCACUGGUUGCUGUGCACAGUGAUUGUUGGUUGCUUUCUGUGGCCUACUUUUUUGGAGCUCGUCUUAACAGAAAUGAAAGAAAGCAUCUGUACAGCUUGAUCAAUGAUCUGCCCACUGUUUUUGAAGUUGUAGCAGAAAGAAAGCCCAUAAAAGACAAACUUAGUGCAGAUAGCGGGAGCAAACCCCGUGGUAGCAUAAAGAGGACGGUUGAUGUUCAGGUUAAAACCACUGCAAUGCCAGCAGAUGAAAGCUGCAGCGAGGAUGAAGAAGAACACGGUGAAACACUAUGCGGAAGAUGUGAUGGGAAUUACAAUGCUAAUGAAUUUUGGAUUGGCUGUGAUAUCUGCGAGAGAUGGUUCCAUGGUAAGUGUGUGAAGAUCACACCUGCCAAAGCUGAGGGCAUAAAGCAGUAUAAAUGCCCGUCAUGUAGCUUGAAGCGGAGCAGACCAUAGUUGCUUCAUGAAUUAGAGAGAGGGGUCAUGCCAUCAACUUUGUUGCUAUGGCAACAUACAAAAUAGUACAGCAUUAUGUAAUGGGAUCCUAAUUAUAACAUUUUCACCAUGAUCAUUGGAACGGGGGAUUGAGUUUGGGUUCUUCUUCCCUUAAAUGGAUAGUACAGCAUUAUGUAAUGUGGUCCUAAUCAUAACAUUUUCACCAUCGCCAUUGGAACGGGGGACUGAAUUUGGGUUCUUCUUCCCUUAUAUCCACUUUAGAUGCCUAAAUAGAAAGUUUGUUAAUUUAUUCUUGAUGUUGUAUUAUUUUUACGGUUUGAGCUGGUUUCAGAUUGUUUUACUGGUUAACUGACAGUUCUACUGGCCUUGUUAGCUUUUUGAUUUUAGAUUUCUUCACCCAAAUGUACACUGUAAAGUAGAAAGCAAGAUGCCGAGUUCAGUUAGUUGACAACUCUUUUAGCUGGCUUAGUUUGUUUCCAAAAUUUAUCUGCAUUCAUUAGAUUCCUACC